GUCCCUUCUGGAGAUAAGUGUGAUUCUGUCGGUGAUAAAAUAGCAAAUAAUCAUGACUGCACCAGUUACUACGAAUGUUAUUAUGGAAAAUACGAAUUAAAAUUGUGUCCCAGUGGUACUUUUUUCGAUCCAAAAUUGAAAUGCUGCCACAGAAAUUAUAUUUGCCCAAAUCGAGCUUAUGAUUUGCCCACAACUCCUUCAUUUUCGUGUAAAUAUGGAGAAUUACGAGCUGACGAUACAAGUUGCCAGAAUUAUUACUCAUGUGUUGGAGAUGAUCGUCACUUUGAACGUCGAGUUUGUCCUGAUGGCAAAAUAUUCGAUCGUCGUGUAAACCGAUGCGUAUAUGAUACUACAGAAAAAGGAUGCCAGCAAUCGGUUGAUACGCAGAAAUCGCAAAAUACUGCCAUAGGAUUGGCAUGUACUGAAAGUAGUGGUUCAUCCGGUUAUAGCGCUGAUCCAACUGACUGUCAACAAUACUACCAAUGUGCUCAGGGUCGAUGGGUGCGAAUGCAUUGUCCUGGUAAUCUUGUAUGGAAUCCAGCUAUCAGUGUUUGUGAUUGGCCCAAAAAUACAUUACUUUCUUGCAAGCUGGACAGUAGUUUUCAGUAAGA